AUGCUGCAAGAGACACAAGAAGAAGAAUUGCAUUAUCCCAAGGCAUUGGCUGUGAAGAAUGAUAAAGAACUCGGAAAGCUGCUUGCUGGUUUGACAAUUGCUCAUGGUGGUGGAUGCAUCAACCUGUGCUUCUGCAGUCUGCUAAAGAACUCUGGGAACACGGCUUCAAAGGAGCCCAAAUUCUAUAUUUAUAAUUCAUGUCUUUCAACUGUUUUUGAGCAGCGAUGUACCAAAACUUUGCGUAGUCGGGAUCAACUCGAAUUGGUGCAUGAUACAUUUUGGGACCGAAGAAGUUGUAGGGAACACUUCUUUGACGAGACUCCUUGGUGUUAUAAUUGUGACAGAUUUCAGCAAGCUGGAGAUCAAUAUUUGGACUUAGGUGACGGCCGAUUAGCUUGCUCAGAUUGCUCCUCCAUAACUAUUAUGGAUCCGAAGGACUUCAAGCCCCUUAUUGAAAUGGUGCAUAAAUUUUAUAGAAGCUUAAAUCUCAAAUUAGUUGAAAACAUUUCUGUAUUAUUGGCAGAUAGACAUGAGAUUUACAAGCUUUGCAUCAGCAAAGGUACGCUUGACGUAGGUACAGAAGUACUUGGCUUAACAAUAUGUGGUGUCCUUGCUUUCAUCAGACGGACAUUCUUUGUAUGCAGUGUGCUGAUGGGUGGAGCUUUGGCACAUGAAAUGAUGCAUACAUGGUUGGAGCUUCAAGUGGGCGGUGGGAUAUUGGAAAAAAGAGUUAAAGAAGGUAUUUGUGAAGUAAUGAAUUACAUGUGGAUGGAAUGGUUUUGUGCUAAUGAAGGUGUUGAGUACUCCUAUAAAACUGACGAGCAAGCUGAGUUUACAAGAAAGUUGAAGGAGUUCUACCAACAGCGAAAGGAACGCUGUGAAGACGAAUGUUAUGGCCAAGGGUUCAGAGACGCUAUGUGGGCAGUGCAAAUAUUUGGCCUCGAAACUACACUAGAACAUAUUGUUCAAAAAAGGAGCCUUCCUGAAUCAAUGGUGUAUCCCUAUGUGUCCUGA